AUGGGUUUCCGUCAGAUUUUUGUCACUUUCUUGUUCUACGUCGCUGUAAUGGCGAUUCCCCGCGAGACCGCGAUAGUCGACCCAGUGCGGCAAAUGGCAGCAAUCACGGAAGCAGCUGCUCCAGAACCGACUGUAGCUCCAAGCCUUCAUUGCACUGACGGCUCGACAGUCUUGCACACGACGGACUGCACGAUGGGUACUCCGGUAUCCUACUGCUUCAAGAAAGAGCCCCCAAUGAAGUGCGAUAAAGGCUUCUUCCCGUCAGUCUGGCAUCCGGAUCAUUGCAUGGAGCUAUCGACUUGCUAUGCACUCGACGCUGCGUGGAUCACGACGGAGUGUUCGAAUGGGGCGAUUCCGUACACGACGAAGACGCUUUACGAUGGAAUGCUCGCUGGAGGUUCUUCAACUGUUGUUAGUGCCGUUUCUUGCUCCUGCGCAGCCGAUCAAUGGUACAGUACGACCAUGCUGGCCGGAUCCUCGACAAUCAAUACUUUCUGUAUGCCCUAUCAGUCUUGCCCGCCUGGUAUGACUACUUCCAUUAGUAUUAAUGAGUACUGCGCCACGGCCACGGCGGAUGUUUGCCGUGACGUCCCUGCUAAGACGUCUUACUGUCAGUGCGCUGACCCGACUGAGACUCCUGUUUAUCCUGACCAGGCUGGUGCGGCGGCUAUUGGAUGUAAAUAA